AUGCUUAAGCCACAGUCCAACUCAACCCGAGAGCUUGUCUCUUUAGAUGGCAUCUGGAACUUUGCAAUUGCAGACUCAAUAGACAUUGAGACCGAUGCGCCCUGGGCCAAGCCAAUUCCGUCAACCCUUCAGGUCCCGGUGCCCGCCAGCUACAACGACAUCUUUGUCGAUGAGAAGAUUCGCAGCCACGUCGGGUGGGUCUACUACCAGCGGCAGGUCACGGUCCCUCGGGGCUGGUCCGAACAGCGAUACUUCCUGCGUUUCGACGCUGCGACACACCGUGGACGCGUUUAUGUCAACGACCAGCUGGUUGCCGAUCACUCUGGCGGAUACACUCCGUUCGAAGCGGACAUCACAGCAAGCGUCAAGCCCGGCCAGAAGUUUCGUCUUACUGUGGCCGUGAGCAACGAACUCACUUGGGAUACUAUCCCUCCUGGUCGGAUCGAAACUCUUCAGAGUGGCAAGCGGAAGCAGCAUUACCAGCAUGACUUUUUCAACUAUGCCGGCCUGGCGCGAUCGGUUUCGUUGUAUGCGGUGCCCUCGAUUUCAGUCAGUGACAUCACUGUUGUUACCGACGUUGGCGAUGGCAACACAGGUAUCGUCAACUUCGAGGUUGAAACAACGCAGUCGGUUGAGGACAAUAAGCUGAAGGUCUCCAUCAUAGACGAAGAGGGUGAUGUUGUUGCCUCUGUGAACGGUAGCAAAGGCCAAAUCAAGAUCACCUCGGCCAAUCUCUGGAAGCCCGGCGCAGCUUACCUCUACCAACUCCGAGCCGAUAUACUCCAAGGAUCUGAAUCUACAUGUAGCGACAUACUCGAUACUUACGAGCUAAACUUCGGCAUCCGCACAAUCAAGGUUGAAGGCAACCGCUUCCUCAUCAACAACGAGCCGUUCUACUUCACCGGAUUCGGCAAGCACGAAGACAGUCCCAUCCGCGGCAAAGGCUUCGACGCUGCAUACAUGAUCCAUGACUUCAACCUCAUGUCCUGGAUAGGCGCCAACUCCUUCAGGACCUCCCAUUACCCAUACGCAGAAGAGGUUCUCGACUAUGCCGACCGUCACGGAAUCGUGGUCAUCAACGAGACGGCCGCGGUCGGACUGAACCUGGCCAUCGUCGCGGGCAUGUUCGGACUCAAGCCGCCCCCGACUUUCUGCCCCGAAGCCUGCGGUGACAACACCCAAGCUGCGCACUUGCAGGGAGUCAGGGAGCUCGUCGCGCGCGACAAGAAUCAUCCAUCUGUGGUGAUGUGGACAGUCACGAACGAGCCGGCAUCCAACGAGCCUGGUGUCAGGGAAUAUCUGGAGCCGGUAGUGUCAUUGACUCGAAAACUUGACCCGACGCGACCGGUUUGCUUCGCGAACAUGGGCUUCGCGACCUUUGAGACCGAUCUGGUGACUGAUUUGUUUGAUGUGAUUUGCUUGAAUCGGUAUCAAGGGUGGUAUACUCAGACGGGAGACUUGGAGUCUGCCGAAAAGGCACUCGAGGAUGACUUGAUGGGCUGGCAUAACAAGUACGGUAAGCCUAUCAUCAUGACGGAGUAUGGUGCUGAGGCCCUAGCUGGUCUGCACUCUGUGGCAGAUUUACCAUGGAGCGAAGAAUACCAGGCCAAGUUCCUGGAGAUGUUCCAUCGCGUUUUUGACAGAGUUGAUAGCGUGGUCGGGGAGCACGUGUGGAAUUUCGCUGAUUUCCAGACAACUUCCGGCAUACAUCGGGUGGACGGAAACAAAAAGGGGAUCUUUACCCGGGAUAGGAGACCCAAAAGCUCCGCUCGCGUGCUCAAAGAUAGAUGGGCUAAGCUGCAGGGGAAGAAGCCAUGA